UUCAUCACAAACGUUCCAAACAUGGAGUCAAUCUUUCACGAAAAACAAGAGGGCUCUCUAUGUGCCCAACAUUGCCUGAAUAACCUCCUUCAGGGUGAAUACUUUACUCCGGUUGAGUUAUCAUCCAUCGCACAACAGUUGGAUGAGGAGGAGAGGAUGAGAAUGGCAGAAGGUGGUGUACUCAGUGAGGAGUACAGAACAUUCCUACAGCAACCGUCCGGCAACAUGGAUGAUAGUGGCUUCUUUUCCAUUCAGGUUAUCAGUAAUGCAUUAGGUGUGUGGGGUCUGGAACUGAUACUCUUCAACAGUAGAGAAUACCAGCGAUUAAUGAUGGACCCCAUAAAUGAGCAGGCAUUUAUAUGUAACUACAAGGAACACUGGUUUACAGUACGAAAACUAGGACAACAGUGGUUUAAUUUAAACUCUUUGUUAACGGGACCAGAGCUAAUAUCGGACACAUACCUGGCAUUGUUCUUAGCACAAUUACAGCAAGAAGGAUAUUCCAUAUUUGUGAUUCGAGGGAACCUUCCUGAAUGUGAAGCUGACCAGAUUUUGCGAAUCAUGAGGGUAGAGCAACAGCAGCGGCCCAAGCUAAUUGGAGAAGACGAGGCCCAAACAAGCAGCAGGCAGGGAGUGUCUGGGCAGCGUGUGGUGGAGACAGGGCACGGACUGGAGGAGGGUGUGGUGGAUGAAGAUGAGGAGGAGCUGAGGAAGGCUUUGGCACUUAGCAGGCAGGACAUGGAGGUAGAAGAUGAAGAGGCUGAUCUGAGAAGAGCCAUUCAGCUAAGCAUGCAGGGUGCCUCUCCGAGCAGCAGCUUCACUAGUUCUGUCGAUACUGGUGUAACCAUGACAACCGGGGCAUCCCAAGCACCGGAACGCUCUGUGGGGGGUGGAGCAGGAGGCGCUCAGAGUGAGAACCUCACAGCUGAAGAGUUACGCAGGAGAAGACAGGCCUAUUUUGAUAAGCAGACUCCACAGCAGGCUCAGGCCCAGCAACAGGACAGUCAGUCCACUGGUGGAGAGCAGAACUCUGGGACAAAACAUGCCCAUUGAGGACUUGGAAGCCGUGGUAACAGCUAGAGCCCUAAAACUGACUGGCUGCUGCCUGCCCCGCCCACUUGGCACCUCGAACGGGAGCAGCCUCCUUCCCCUUUAAUUGUCUCUUGAGUGUAUGAAUGAAACGAAGGACCAGGCAGACAACAUGAAGUUUGGCCACACAGCUUAUACUCCACCCCUUUGGAUCAGUUCACAAUGAUGCAGUAACAUCACAGGAAAACUGCUAAAUUAAAAAAAAAAAAAAAAUGAAAAGGCUAGUCUAACCUUAAAGACUCUUUUGUUAUAUUGAUGACAGUGAGAGAAGAUUAAAAAAAAAAACAAAAAAAAACGCAAUUCCCACUGUGGUUUUGCCAAACUGAGUCUGUUAUUGCAGUUUUAACGGCUGCACCUCAGAAACGCUGGUUACUUUUGAUUCUCACAACCCAUUUAUCUGCUUAUCCUUCUGCUAAGGAUAAAAGCGGUGAUCAUUUGGAGUGUGUCUGUGGUUUGGUCAUGGCCUUGUCUGGAAAUGGGCAGAGGAAGAGAAAAAGAGAGAUGUUCUAAAGUAUAAGUGUGCCAACAAGUGGAAGAAAUGGGAGGAAAACUUUGGCCCUCCAGUUUUUGUUGUUGUUUUUUUUUAGGGUGUUAAUGGGGACCAGUGGAUGUGGGUACUGUGUGUACUCUGAACCCUUUUUCUGACUCUGCUUUUCCUAGAGAUCGUCCCCCAUAUGAAAUCAGUUUCAUUUUCUGCAUUACUUUAGGAGGGGUUAUGGGUUUGCUUUCAAAAAAAAGUGUUUUUUUUUUUUGAAGGCAACUGUCUCUUAACUAGCUUUGCUACAGCGUGGGUUCAAAUGCACAUACACUAAAGGGUGCGGCCUUUAUGCCUGUUCAUGUACCUUAAUCGAUUGUGAUGCAACCUUUGAACUCAAUCCACGGUGAUGAUCUGCUUUGUUCUUUAAAGAGCAGUGUAUUAUUGAUCUUAAGUAGACCGUAGACAGUAAAAACAUUCAUUCACAGCAAUGUGAAGCAGUGUUCGACAUAAACUUAACAGUUGCCUUUGUCAUUUAAAAAAAAAAAAAACAGCCAUUGACAGAUGUAUUCAGGGGAAUCUGGGAUUGUUAAUGACAGGUGGGUUUGGAUAUCUGUUAAGCUAUUGUACAUGCACUGACUGACUAUGGUUCCGUCCGUCAGUAUUUUAGACUGAAAAACCAGGAAUAUGAAGGCAUGUUGUGAGAAUGGAGACAAAGCCUUAUUGUGGAAUUCUUUACUUCUGAUACAGUGAAGAGCUGUAACUUUACUAAGAGUGUUUACAAGUAUUUUGUUUGCAUUGAUUCUUCCAGUGGGUAAAGAUUUUGGAGAAAUGUGUUAUGAAAGUAUGUGAUCUCAUUAUCAGACCUGCACCACUCACUACCUGUAUACCUACUCUGAAUGGUGACUGACCACAAACUGAAAUAUGAGUCGAGAAAAGUGUCAAGAUAUGCAACUGACUGGUCCAUCUUUUUAGUCUACAUUCACAUGUUUCUCAUCUCACUUAACAUGACAAAGCACUUGCACUGUUUUUAUUUCCUGAACUUUACUUAAUCGUACACAGUAAAGACUAAAGGGUUCUCUUUCCUCUUUUUUUUCCCUUUGUUUUUUGAGUAUUCUUGAAUAAACAUACCUUUUCUAUGUUCCGUUUGCAUUACCAUGUGAUUCAAUGCUAACCAUGUCAUUUACAUCUCAUAAAACUGUUCCGUAUACAAAUUAAAACAUUUUGGUCUUUGAAUUACCUCAGCUUUCUUUCUCUUUAUUUUCUGUGGAUUUGGAU